CUCUCCCUCGCUCCGGUGCAUCAUUGCAGCUGCGUCCUCUCGGAUCCUCAUUACGCCGGCCCGCGUCCGUGGGUGCGCGGCCCCUGCGUCCGCGCAUCUUUCGCAUCCCAUCUGCCAGCCGCUCGGAGCCCGCCUCCCCCCUCCGGUACCGCAUUGCCGUACUGCAGGGGCGCAGUGCAUUGCGCCGGCACCGUCAAUAGGUGGACCCCCUCCUGGAGAGAUAAAACCGCCGGCGCCGGCGCCACCAGUCCCUCUGACUGAGUCCUCGGCUCUGGAGUUCCUGCCCAGCAUAUACCCUCAUCCCCAAGCCAGAGCCCCCACAGUGCCAGCCCCUCCCUCACCCAGGCAGAAUGGGCAAGGAGAAGACACACAUCAACAUUGUGGUCAUUGGCCACGUGGACUCAGGCAAGUCCACCACGACAGGCCACCUCAUCUACAAGUGUGGUGGCAUCGACAAGCGGACCAUCGAGAAGUUUGAGAAGGAGGCAGCAGAGAUGGGGAAGGGCUCUUUUAAAUAUGCCUGGGUGCUGGACAAGCUGAAGGCCGAGCGGGAACGUGGCAUCACCAUCGACAUCUCCCUCUGGAAGUUUGAGACCACCAAAUACUACAUCACCAUCAUCGAUGCUCCAGGACACCGAGACUUCAUCAAGAAUAUGAUUACAGGCACAUCCCAGGCGGACUGCGCAGUGCUGAUCGUGGCAGCCGGUGUGGGCGAGUUUGAGGCAGGCAUCUCCAAGAACGGGCAAACCCGGGAACACGCACUCCUGGCCUACACUCUGGGUGUGAAGCAGCUCAUCGUGGGUGUCAACAAGAUGGACUCCACGGAACCAGCCUACAGCGAGAAGCGCUAUGAUGAGAUUGUCAAGGAGGUCAGCGCCUACAUCAAGAAGAUCGGCUACAACCCAGCCACGGUGCCCUUCGUGCCCAUCUCGGGCUGGCAUGGUGACAACAUGCUGGAGCCUUCACCUAAUAUGCCAUGGUUCAAGGGCUGGAAAGUAGAGCGUAAGGAAGGAAAUGCAAGCGGCGUGUCCCUGCUGGAAGCCCUGGACACAAUCCUGCCCCCCACCCGCCCCACUGACAAGCCCCUUCGUCUGCCUCUGCAGGAUGUGUACAAGAUUGGGGGUGAGUGAGGGUUCAGUGCUAGG